GAAAAUAGAUGUUAGCCGAUUCUCAUACCUACUGAAUAUGCAUAAAAAAUUUCAUAAAAAUCGGUCAAACCGUUUCGGAGUAGUAUCGAGACUAACACUGUGACACGAGAAUUGUAUAUAUAAGAUAAUAUAUUUCUAAAAAGUAUUACUAAUUAUAUUGAAAUAUUCAUGAGAUCACUUCUGGCCCCCGUAUGUACCUACUUAUCACGUGUUCUUUGGAUGUGCUGAGAAUUUUAUUAUUGUCAGUUUUGUUUAUUUAACUCGAUUAGACCAUAUAGACAUAAACGUACUGUAUCAGACUGAUAACGUGAAGCAUAAAACGUAAUUGGUGCAUUUGAUUUAUGAGUGGAGCAGAGAGAUAGUAUAUUUUAUUACACUAUUAAAUAAAUUAAUAUUAUCAUUAGUUAGCAAUUUCACCAGACUUAAAAAGACGUUUAACACCGCCAAAGAAUGUAAUAAAAGUUAAAAGUUAUGGAACUAUUCGUUGAAACAGAAAUAAAGGCCAUCGUGGCCGAAGGUGCGUUCGGUAAAAAUUGUAACUUAGUGUCGUUCAACAUGUAUAAUGAUAUUAUUGAAAAAAAAGAAUGGAAGUACAAAGCAAUAUUUGGGGACAUCGUCACAUCAGACGAAAGCCAUUACUCCGUUUUGAUCAAAUUAAAAAAUCGCGAUAAAACGAUACGUGAAAGUUCUGAAUGUGAUGUACUAUUCCAAAAUGAAUUAAAUAUUUAUGAAAAGAUCAUACCAUUCUUAUUAGAGUGUCGUGGGCCGUUGGUAAACGAUGUAAAUGCUCUGUCUUUACCACGGUUUUUUUAUGGUCGUAACAACGGCGGUGAAUUAGCGGAAAAGGAUUUAAUUGUUUUCGAAAAUGUUAAUACCUUAGGCUACCGUUUUACCGAAGAGCAAAUUUUCCUGGACAACGAUCAUUUAAUAAUUGCACUUCAGGCUAUUGCAGAGUUUCACGGGCUGUCGUACAUAGCCAAACACAAAAAUGUCAGUAGAUUUCUCGACAUGGUGGCCGAUGUCCAAGACUUGCAGUUCGACGGAAACGGCCACUGGACGGCCCAAAACGACCUGUUGAAGAGGAUGGGCAAACGCGGCGUGGACCGACUGUUGGAGCGCGACGGGGGACGGUACCGUGACCACGAGCAGUUGCGCCGCUUGAAUAAGCUAUUCGACAACGCAACUGACACGCUGCGGCGGGCGUUCGGUGCACACGAACCGCUGUCCGUCCUGUGCCACGGCGAAUAUUGUCGCGGUAGCGUCAUGUUCCAGUACGACGAUUGCGGGCGCCCGUUCGACGCGCUCAUCAUGGACUUCUUCGAAUCGCGUUACGGGUCACCCGCGCUGGACCUGUCGCUGUUCCUGUACACUACCACCACGCAGCAUGUGCGCGAGACGCACUGGGGCGACCUGCUUGACGCGUACUGGGCUGCGCUGACCGCCGCCGUCCCACCCGGCGUCCGAUUCCCGGAUCGCGCCGAACUGGACGCCGAGAUGGCCGCGUCCGCCAUCGUCGGGUUCAUGGGAGCGUCGUUCAUUUUGCCGUACAAGCUGCGGGACCACAGCGACCCGUUGUUGGACUCGGUGGCGACCAGCGACGACCCUGUCGACUACUUUCUGGUGUUGGGUGGUGACGCGGGCACCGAGUGUUUGGCCGACCUUAUUCAGCACAUGGUCGACAUGGCAUACACGCAGCCUUGUAAUGCACUCGGCUAAUAGUAGUUGUAAUUAGGUAAAAGUAUUCAAAUAUCUUUUAAGCGCUUAAAAUGUAAAUAUGUAAACGCUUUUGAAGAAAAUACCUAUAGAAGCAGUAUUUUAAGUACACCAUCUCAAAGUAAUAAAAUACUCAUUUUCCACACAUUUUUUCUCAUUUUGUAGGUACCUAUAAUUUACUAUCUGUGACUCGGUGUGACGUGGCGUUUGCAUUCAUUCACGAAUGUGCCCUGUGUGUACACACCGUCCGGUGACACUAGUUCCCGGAUGGGUGACCACCUGGGAUUUUUAGUGACAAAUCCUUGCCACACAUGCACACAUGUGUUCCAAGUAGCAAUAAUGCUUUAAUAUGUUUGAAACCAGACUGUAUCGGUGAAUAGCGAGACACAUAAGUUCUAAAAGUGACACCAAAAAAGUACACAAAUCACGCAGUUGAUAUAUUCUAAGUGGCACCAUGAAUAUUAUCGUUUUACAAUUUUGUGUGUGGUUUAAUAUACCUGGAUACAAAGAAAACAUUUCUGAGCUUUACAGUUGCAGCUAUGGAAAACAGUAAAACAGUUGAAAUCAUUCAUAUCGAUUAGUUAUAAUUAGUUUUUAUCGAUUAUAUUGAUUAUUUUCUUAAUGAUUUCGCGUAGCAUAUUUCGUGUUACAGUUGCAAUGGCAACCAAACAUUAACAGAUAAUAUUUUGUGAUAUGCGAUAAACCAUAAAUAACAGCGACCACCAAAAACAUAUGUAUAAUAUGAUUCAUUGUUUUUCCUUGCAGUGGAGAAAAUAUCAAGUUAUUUAAUUAUUUAUUCCUCGUAAGCUGUUCUUUCAGGGCCUACAUUUUUAUAGAUAUUUAAAGUUUAAAUGUUGAAGAAAUUAGAUAUUUAAAUGAAA